ACCAACAUUUUACACAAGAAAAGCAUUCUAGUGCAUGCCCAGCUACUUGGGACAUCAAAAAGCUGAUACACAUAUAUUGUUCCAGAACAUGCCACAUAUGGUGCAUGACAAUGUACCAGCAGAGAAGCACAAAAAGAUGUUUUCCUUACCUAAAAUGUACCAGCAACAAGUGAGCUACUUCAUGACUCGUGCACAUAUGUGUUGAUAACAAACUUCCCCCACUCGUUUCACACUUGAUCAAUGUCUACUUAGGUGUAAUGGCUGCUGCCUCUCCUCUCCCACUGAAAUCAGUUUAUCAUAUCAAAAGGAUUAGUUAAUCAUUUUGGUGAAUGAGGCAUGGAUAUAAUAACACACUUAUGAGAAAUUGAGUCAAGUGACUAUAUUUAUAGCUAUAUAUGUUGAUACCUUGGAAGGAAACAAUGACAUGUCUUUAUCCUCAAUGAUAUAUCUCAUGUAUCGCAUGAUAAAGUACCCGCAAUCCUAGUUGUUAGGUUGGGAAGGAAUGCCCUAAACACAAGCAAAUGAAUGAACAAGUGAAAAGUCAAAAUGAAAUACUGUUUUUGAAAACCACAAGUGGUGAAACUUACAGCCAAAUUUUUCCAAUGGACUGAACUCCGGUUUUGCUUAUUCUUUUCAGAACUAUACAUACUCAUAGCACUACACCAAAACAACAUAUGAUCGAUGAUGUACCAUAUAGGAAAGGAGGCAAACAAGUGUAUUAAAUAGAUUUCAUAAAAUUGAGGCAUUUCAAUCAAUAUGUAAACGAGGGACUUACGUAUCCACGAUAGACAUCCAAUCUCCUGUAGGUAAGCGUCUUUUCAGCGGGUCCAUAAAAUAGGCGGUUCCUUUCUCCGGAUUGACACGUGUCAACAUCCAAUGAUCACUACAUGCAUACAAAAUGUCAUAUAUCUUGAACACUAAAUUUUUAUGUUCAGACAUAGUAGAUAUGAAAGUUUGCAAACGUUCAUGAACUUACCCUGAGUUAUAUGGUGGCAUGAACAUCUACCCUGGUUUAGCAGUUACAAGCCUAUCUUUCAUGUGUUGGGCCUUGACAGUUCCAUUCCCACACCCCACAGCACCAAUAAGUGAAGGGUCAACAAACUCAACCAUGUCCAUCAUUUUAUAAGCUUUCAAUUGAUCAUAGAGGUACCUAAUAACAAACAUUUGCACCAAGUCAUUGGGUUUCAGCAACUAUACUUCUUAUCAAGGCAUUACGGACAAAGCAUAUAUAUAUAGGGGCUGUGACCACUUACUCAAAUUUGGCCCAAUAUUUCCCCAAACACUCCACCUACUUUUGUUUGUGCCCACUUACCCAAACCACCAGUGACACAAUACAUAUAGGCUCCGAAAAAAUCACGAUUUACAAACCUGCCACUAACCACUAAAUACACGUCUCAAACCGUGCCUGUUCUCUCUCUCUCUCUCUCUCUCACUCCCAAGUCAAAUCGGUUUGAAACUCCAAAGUCCCUCCAUAUACGACUCUCUCUCUCUCUCUCUCUCUCUCUCUCUCUCUCUCUCUCUCUCUCUCUCUCUCUCUCUCCCCCCCUCUCGAUCGCUCGCUCUCUCUCACUCUCUCUAAUCCCGGAAAAACGACCUCAAUUCUCACCGAAGACCGUCUAGCAAGUUUCUCGGUCCGGCAACGCUUCACGUUCCUCCGGCUUUGGAAAUAUCGAAAGAGAAUGUCUAGACCUAAAUUCACCUUGUUCAGUGAUUCUGAAGAAUAUGUCCGCAGUUCGGAGAGUUCCGAUGCGGGAACUGAGAGUACAUUUAACCAGCCACUUCAGCAGAAACUAAACCAAAUUAGAAAGAGGAAGAGACAAGAGGCAGAAGAGAUUACCGAUGAAGCAUCUGCAGAAGAAGGGGUCAAUCAAGGUUCCGAGUAAUCACUCUCAAACGAAUCAGAAUCACAAGGUGAAUAGACAACGAAAAGGUUUAUCAUAAAAACAAGACAAUAGACAAAAAGUAAAACAGUUGAAAAAGAAGCCAAUUCAGGCAAAGCAAAAAUAAGGAGGAGGAGAAAUGUUCAACCACCGAAGAGUAAAGGGAAGAAGGCAGUAAAAGGGACAAUGAAUAAGGAAGAACCGAAGAAGGAGGUCCAAAAAGCUAAGAUUGAAUGGAGGCAGCAGAAGUGCACUCUUAGUUCCUUCUGGAGAGUGGUAGAUGCACACAAGGAGAGAAUACUAGAAGAAACAAAGGAAAUUUUGAGGGGUACAGAUUUUGGUGAGAUGAUCGAACCAUUCUGGGAAGACAAGAUAACCGAGAACCAGCUCAUUAAGCAUGAAGCAGACUUAGAGGUAAUAAUGAGGCACUUCGACCACAAGGACAGCAAUUGGAAGUUUGGUGAUGUUGUUAUGGAAAUUACGAAAGCAGACAUCACGGCUUUGCUUCACCUUUCUGCCGAUGGAGAAGUGUUCAAUGUGAACAAGAGGGUGGUUAGGGAAGAAAUGGAAGACUCCCUAAUUUUUGGCAGCCCUUUAAAGAAGCAGGCUGUACUUAGAUCUGAUGUGGAAACAAAGCUCAUAGCUGAGUUGAAGAAGCCGGCAAAACUGAAGGACGCACGGAAGCUGGUAGUGUUAAUGAUCACGUACCUGUUCAACACGUUCUUCUUCACCAGAACCGGGGCUCAGAUUACAUGGGAUAUGGUCGUUGUUGCGAACAAAUUGGGACCAUCAACAAGUACAAUUGGCCAAGGUUGAUUCUGAACUUCUUGAUGGAAGGGCUGCAAAAAUAUAGGAGAAACAGUCCUGCAACAAUGAAUGGAUGCCUGCUUCUGAUUUAUUACUGGUUCCUUGAGAAGACAAAGGCGAAGAACUGGAUCCCGGGCAAGCAGACUGAAACUCCAAGGUUUCUUCGAUGGUCAAUAAAAGAAAUUUUCAAUUUGGAGCAGGUUUUCAAAAAUGAGAACCUGGCUGUGGCAAGCAAAAUGAGCAAACUGUAUUUUCAUGCACUUUACGCAGCUUUUUACGUAGAAUUGACUUAUAAAUGUAACAGGAUCUAAUCAAAGCUAGACCGUGGACUGAUGACAUAGGACUGGGCGACAUUGAGUUGGAUGAUGAGAUGAAGGGUACCCCAAGCUUCGACUCCUGGGUUCCCCAGGCAAGCCAAGCUGAAGAGGAACAAAACAAAAGGCUUACGGGGAAUAUCAAAGAACUCAUCAGUGAGAUGGAGACAGCAAUUGGUGAGACGAAACCACCCAAAGUGAUGGAAGAAAAGCUAGAAAGGCUUGCGAAAGCAAACGAAGACCUCAAUGCCCAGAACAGGGAUUUAUGGGCAAAGCUAAAGAUGGCCGACGAGAAGAUUAAAGGUCUCGAAGUAGAAAAGAGAGCGAAGAACAACCUCAUUAGGGCUCUAUGCAUUAGGCUCAGAAAGGAGAAGGGAGAGUUGCCUCCACAACAAACACAGCUUCAGGUAGUUCCAUUUACACCCAGAGUGGCACAAGAAGAAGUUGAGGAAGAAGCUCCAAACUUUGGAGCAAGUCUGGGAGAGGAAACAAGUUAUGCAGCCACUGUGGGACAUGAGACGGAGAGGGUGAUAGCAGCAUUUCCUAUGGCUAUGGAACUACAUGAACAACGAGAAGGUGGGGAACAAGAGGAGGAAGCCCAUCUUUAUAUGAUCGUGAACAUGAUUGCUGAAAAUGAAGAGAAUGCGGACAUUGGAAAGAAAAAGGAGGAAAAAGGUGCCCCAGGCAAGCAAAAAGAGAAGAAAAACAUGGAGAUCAUGUCUAUAGAGAAAAAUGUCAAGACUUACAAGCAGGGUGAGAAGAAAGCCAAAGAAGCUGAUUGGGAGUACGACACACAAGAAGAAUCAAAGAUGAGGAAGAGAGCCCCACCUAAGAGAGCUAGGAUCGUGCCGCUGACCAGAAAAAUGGAGAACAAGAUCAAAAUCAAAGGUGUCAACUGCGAUAAACCUACUUGGAGGACACUGGACCCGGCAAUCGGAAAGCACUUUCAAAAAUUCUUCAAUGCUACUGCAAAAGACACUACCGACUACAGGGUUAGCAACGACCUUUUAAGCCGUAUAACCAAGCAUGACCUCAGAGUGAUAAUCCAAGAGGGUGAUGUCGAAACUAAUGUGGUCAGGGUUUAUAUUGACUUGUUGAAGUCUGACGCCGGAAAGCUAAAAGCUAAAGUGGGAUUUCUCCGUGUAGACGCAGCGUACUGCGAUAAAUCAUGAGCUGAAGAAGGAAGCAGGUGAAGACACCGGACCGUUUGAGUGUGGUGUCAAAACAAUGUUGAUGGAACCACUUUGGUCGAUCUUCCGUUUCCCAACUGUGCUAGUACCCAUUCACCACAGCACAAGCAUGCACUACACUUUGCUAGUAAUCGACAAUGAAAGAAGGUGCUUCACUCACAUGAAUUCAUUGAGGCCACCAAUCAAUGAAUUCACAAAUGAGGAGAAGUACCACCUGAAUGCAUCAAGAGUGGUGAGGCACAUCAAGAAGUUCAUACAUGUUGUGAACUUGACAAAGAUCAGGUUCCCAGGUGACAGCCAAGACCCAGAGGUCAGGCAAGAAAAAUGCAAAGGAGAAGAUGAGGGAAACCUAAUUAUCGUUGAAGAGGAAAUGACUGAGGAGGAAAAAGAAACCAGGAAUUGGAUCUUGCAGAACAACAUUGUGGAGACAGACUAUGAACUCUAUGAAGACUUCGAGUGCCCGCAGUAGAACACAACAUCGUAAGUACCUUUUUAUUGCAACCCAAUAAAUCAUGAACAACACGGUUUGACUACAUCUAAAAUCUGCAAAUAUGAACUACCUGUUUAUUGCAACCCAAUAAAUACUGAAUUUAUUUACUUCAAUACAGGGUUGAUUGCGGACCGUUUAUGUGAUGACCUGGAUUUCUAUUAUUUAAUUUUGGUAAUUAAUAAUGGACCAGUUAUACGA